UUAAACCUACAGGAGGUCUAAAUGGGGCGUGUUUGUUUUUAAAAAAUAAUAUGUUUUUGGUAAUCUCAUAAAGCUUUACACAUAAAGAAUUGUCAUGUUGUUGGUUUAUGCAUUUUGUUUUUUUUUAAUUUUCUAGAAGAGUAUGGAAAAGACAGUAGAUGUAAUAAGUAUGCGUGAAAUGAUCAGAAGAAGUUCAAGAACCGCAGAAGCCUAUGAACAUCUCCCAAAACAUGCGCUUUCACUUUCAGAGUCGUCAGAGAGAGAUGCGACAGUGGAUGUGAGACCUGUCGCUAGUUCUCUUCCAAACACCCGUAGACUUUCUGAUUUAGAGGGAUGUCCCAGUAUUCAUCCUGCAAGAGACAAAAUAUACCCUAGGAGAUCCUACAUUUGUGUAGGAAUCUUAUUUUUUGUCAAUCUCAUAAAUUAUAUGGAUAGAUUUACAGUUGCAGGAGUUUUGACAGAUAUCAAAGAAUAUUAUGAGUUAGAUAAUUCCGAGGCAGGUCUGUUACAGACAAUCUUUGUUAUUAGCUACAUGGUUAUGGCUCCAGUCUUUGGUUACCUUGGAGACAGGUACAACCGAAAGUUCAUUAUUGGCUGUGGAGUUUUGUUCUGGAGCUUAACUACACUUCUUGGUUCAUUUGUACCAUCUGGGUAUGUUGGGGUUUUCAUGGUUCUUCGAGCAUUCGUGGGAACUGGCGAGGCUAGUUACUCCACUAUUGCACCAACUAUUAUUGCAGAUCUAUUUUUUCAUUCAAUGAGAUCAAAAAUGCUCGCCCUGUUCUACUUCGCCAUUCCUUUUGGCAGUGGUUUGGGUUAUAUAGUUGGAUCUGAAGUUGCUAACCUAUUUGGGAAUUGGAAAUGGGCCUUGAGGGUUACUCCAGUUCUUGGUCUCCUUUCUGUCAUAUUGACGUUUACUACACUUCACGACCCACCAAGAGGGCAGGCUGAUGGAGGUUCUCCUUUGAAAAACACAAAUUUGAAAGAAGAUGUACAAAGCAUAAUAUCCAAUCGUACUUUUAUGUGGUCAACUGGAGGUGUCACCUGUGUGGCUUUUGCUGUUGGUGCCUUAGCUUGGUGGGCUCCUUCCUACAUGACGUAUGCUAUCAGUGUGAAUGGAAACGAUGCCGAUAAAAAUAUGGUCAAUUUUAUAUUUGGAGUAAUUACGUGUGUAGCUGGAAUAACUGGUGUAAUUCUGGGCUCGGCAAGUUCACAAUACUAUCGUCGAUUCAGCGCUCGAGCUGAUCCAAUUGUUUGUGCCUUUGGUGUUUUAGGCAGUGUACCUUUAGUGUUUGCGGGUAUUGCUGUUGCCCACAUUAACAUACUUCUGUAUCCUGGGCCCUGAUCUUUUUUGGAGAGACCUUCUUGUGUAUGAAUUGGCCUGUUGUAGCUGAUAUACUACUGUAUUGUGUAAUACCUACUCGAAGAGCACUGGCUGGAGCUGUACAGAUACUGGCAUCUCACAUGUUUGGAGAUGCUUCUUCUCCAUACAUCAUAGGAGCAGUUUCCGAUGCUGUGAUGAAUGGUCAGUCAGAAUCUAACCUACUCAAGUUCGUUAGCCUUCAGUAUGCUUUGUACAUCACUACUUUUGUGCUAGCCAUUGGAGGGCUUUGCUUCAUCGUGACAGCAUGGUACAUCGUAGAUGAUAGGGAGAUGUGUGAGAGGCUUACACAUGGGGAAAGUGCAACUCCAUCUGUGUCCUCAGAUGACAGCAGUCCUGCUGAAGGAGGGGAAGAACCUGAUAUGGGCAUCACGGUGAAUGAUGUGCGAAACUUGAUUGUAUAGUUAUUAAACAGGACGAUUAGGAGUCAGUGUCAGAAUUUUUAGUUCAGACAUUAUUGAUUUCAAAAUUGAUCAGGUAGAUGAAGAGCUUGUGUAUAAUAAUAAUUCAAAAUUUGGUUGAUUGCAAAAACUAGGAUACUUGAUAACUGAACAUGCAGGGAUAUUAAUUUAUUUUACUUUGUGUCUUGUUGUGAAAUUAUUGCUCUCUGAACACCAAAAAAAAAAUUUAUAUGACAGAUUUUCUACACUGGUAGUGCCCGACCUCACAUAUCCUCUGGAGUUACGACAAAAAUGUUUUGUGAGGGUACACAAGAAUCUUUAAAAAAAACAC